UAUGCACCCCGGAACAUCCACUUCACUAACCUCAUGCCACAAACUCCUCAACACGUUUAUACACCAUAAAUGAUCCAAUCUCCCGCCACGGCUCUUUGCUUGCAACGGCGAUAAUUCCCGAUGCUAAUCACUCGAUUCAGAAUCUGAAAGCGCGUCUGCCAGCGCCAUUCCGUGGUUCAUUUCGGAUUCCUUGCUGGUCCAAAGUGUGCAGACCCGAGCCCCGCGCUGCAGAGCUCUUGGCGAGCAAUCACGGGAGACUUUGAACUCAUCGUCAGCCGCCAAUACCCCACGCGAUGGCCGCACCAGUUGAUGCUCAACGAGAGCUCGAUCUCAUAGAGAAAGCUGAAUGGCGUAUUCUCUCCGCAUCUUCGGACGAGGCGAAGCUCCAGGGGCUCCUGAAGGUCUAUCUCGCUCCCCUGUUAUUGAAGGCGGGCAGUGAGCAUGUCUCGGUUCGGAACAAGGUGAUAUCUACAUGCCAGACCAUUAACAAGCUGGUCAAGUCUCCGGGGUACGCCUUCUGCCUCGCUUGGGAAGACAUAUGGAGGACUGAACGACUAACCUGCCGUUCAGGAUUGUCCUCCCUGUCGCCGCCCUGCUUGACCAGUUCAAAGCCGCGGAGCAGCCGCUUAUCAGGCACUUUGACCUGAUUUACAUACAACACAGCGUGGGGAAGCUGAGCGCCGACGAGCAUCGAGCUCUCGUUCCCAAAGC